ACAUGUGCUUGCACGCUAGUGCAUGAGGAGAGACCUUUCUUUUGUUUUUCUUUUUGUUUGCAACGUAUGGGUUGUACGAACACUGCGCAUUAUGUUUGUUAAGCUGCAGCCGUUCAACCGGGCUUAUAUGGUUGGUGAAGAUGAGGUUUAUUAAAGGACACACUGUGGAAUUCCUAAUACACUUCACUUGAUCUUUGCCUCUGCAGCUGCAUCACAAUACAGUUUUCACCAUGGGAGGUAGCUCUUCUUCUCCUACACCACCUCCAGCUCCACCACGUCGUCCUACACCUCCACCUUCUCCUACUUUGAAAACUCCGUGGAGACAAGUAUCUUGGGGGAACCAGGAAGAUCUGCAGUAUGUGAAGAAUUUUCAGCUUCAAAAUGACCAAGUGAGACAUGUCAGAGUUUUGUUCUAUGGCCCAGUCGGUGCUGGGAAGUCCAGCUUCAUCAAUUCUGUCAGCAAUGCCUUACGGAGAAGAAUAACCUGUCCAGCUUUGACCAACGCAACAAACGAGGAGGAAGGAAGUUUCACCAAAAAAUAUGAAACCCACAACAUUAAGAAAGACACAGGGCAGUUUUACCCAUUUGUCUUCAAUGACCUGAUGGGUUUGGAAGAAGGGAGUGGACGAGGAGUGAGAGUGGAAGACAUCAAACUGGCCAUGAUGGGACAUGUGAAGGAGGGUUAUAAGUUCAACCCUGCGUCUCCAUUGUCCACGUCUGAUUCUGGCUACAACCCUUCACCUUCUCCAGAGGACAGAGUUCAUGUUCUGGUUUGUCUCUACUCUGGUAACACGACAGAAAUUAACAGCUCAGUGUUACAGAAGAUGAAAGCCAUCAGAGAGGCAGCCAGCGACUUGGGUAUUCCCCAGUUAGCUGUUCUUACCAAAUUUGAUGAGGCCUGUCCUGAAACUGAAAAGGACCUGAAGAAUACGUACAAAAGCAAGCUCGUGAAGAGAAAGAUGGGAGAUCUGAGCUCAAAACUGGGGAUCCCGCUUAACUUCAUCCUUCCUGUGAAGAACUACAGUGAAGAAACACAACUGAAUGAUGACAUCGACACUUUGAUCCUGAGCGCACUGAGAAUGAUGAUUGACCUGGGAGAAGACUUCAUUGACUCUAAAUUAUAAACUGACACAUUCCUGACAGUUUCAGACAUACACAGUGAUGUAAUACACUCGAUGAAUAAUACAUAAUCCCAGUAUAA